AGACAAUGUGAACUAGGAGGUGACCAAAGUUGACCUUAGAGUCAACUUAAUUUUGCAGGUGAGGGAACAGAGACCUAAAGGACCACUGGCUCCCAGUAAAGCAGAUUCGCAGCAUACUGUGCUUUGCCUGAAUGGGUGUUGUAGACACAGGGGCAGAGGCGUGUUUGGAGAAAGGGUUCAGAAUUUGGAGUGCGACAGACGUAGGUUCGAACAGAGCUCUGCUACUCUGUGGCUGUGAGGGCUCCCGCACACACCCUCUCGAACGCUCGGCUUCCUCAUCGGUCCGCAAGCCUGGGUGCGAGGCGUUAACGCGCAGCUGGGUGCGCAGGAGGCCCAGAGGCCGGAUGGGCCGCCGCGCCGACGCCCCCUGCCGGCCGGCCCGCGCCCAACGCUCGGCUUGUGGGACGCCCGCGGCCGGAUGCCCUCCGUCCGCUCCCUCCUCAGCCUCUUGGCCGCCGCGGCGGCCUGUGGCGCCUUCGCCUUCCUGGGCUAUUGUAUUUACCUCGACCGGAAGCGGCGCGGGGACCCCGCGUUCAAGCGCCGCCUGCGGGACAUUGUGGGAUCCAACGAAGACUAAAAAGUUGCAAGAACUUUUCUUGCAAGAGGUACGGAUGGGAGAACUUUGGUUAUCUAGAGGAGAGCACAGAAUGGGGAUUCAACACCUCGGCAAUGCCCUUUUAGUGUGCGAGCAACCACGGGAACUUCUGAAAGUUUUCAAACACACUCUCCCUCCCAAGGUAUUUGAGAUGCUGUUGCACAAAAUUCCCCUUAUUUGCCAGCAAUUUGAGGCAGACAUGAAUGAACAGGACUGCUUGGAGGAUGAUCCUGAUUGAAAAACAUUUCAACGUAUCCACAGUCCAGUGAGAAUACUAUGGUACCAUACAGUAUAAACAACUGCUCAAUGAUAUUUCCAUUUAUUUUACUUUGAGUAAUAAAAAUUUUUCUAUCUCA